AUGAAAGAAAAAUCUAAAAACGCUGCAAAGACGCGGAGAGAAAGAGAGAAUAGGGAGUUUUAUGAGCUGGCAAAACUGCUUCCCCUGCCGGCAGCCAUCACCUCCCAGCUGGACAAGGCCUCCAUUAUCCGGCUGACAAGCAGCUACCUGAGGAUGAGAGCUUUCUUCACAGACGGUAUCGGUGGAUGGAAUAAUUUGCCAAGUUUGGGUCUGAAAGUCUUGACCAAAGACAUGAGCUCCCACCUUUUACAAACUCUAGAUGGCUUUCUGUUUGUUGUUGCUUCGGAUGGGAAAAUCAUAUACAUCUCCGAAACAGCAUCUGUCCACCUUGGCUUGUCCCAGGUUGAGCUAACAGGAAACAGUAUAUUUGAAUACAUCCAUCCAUCAGAUCAUGACGAGAUGACGACAGUACUAAGUUUUCAACAGCCACCUCACCAUCACUUCUGUCCAGAAUACGAAGUUGAACGAUCCUUCUUUUUGAGGAUGAAAUGUGUCCUUGCUAAAAGGAAUGCAGGAUUGACAUGUGGGGGCUAUAAGGUGAUCCAUUGCAGUGGCUACCUAAAACUCAGUCUACACAGGACUGAGAUGACGUUGUAUGAAUACUGUUAUCAGAUUGUGGGUUUGGUGGGAGUUGGUCAUUCCCUGCCCCCCAGUGGGAUCACUGAGGUCAAACUUCACAGCAACAUGUUUAUGUUUCGGGCAAACCUGGAUUUAAAACUCAUCUUUUUGGACAUGAGCGUUGCUGAGCUGACAGGCUUUGAGCCUCAAGAUCUGAUUGAGAAAACCCUCUACCACCAUGUUCACACAUGUGACAUUCUACACCUACGCUAUGCACACCAUUUAUUACUUAUUAAAGGACAAGUGACAACAAAGUAUUACCGCAUGUUAGUAAAAUAUGGAGGCUGGGUGUGGGUGCAAAGCUACGCAACCAUUGUCCACAACAGCCGCUCUUCCAGACCUCACUGUGUGGUCAGUGUGAACUACGUUCUCACACACACUGAGUGCAAGGAACUGCAGUUGUCUGAAGACCAGAUCCAAGUUGCCAAGCUUACUUCACAGUUUGUCUUGAGUCAAGACAACCACAAACAGCUGAGAACUAAAGACCUCAAGCAGAGGGCCAAACUCAGAUCAGCUCCAUACACCCAGAACCUGGGUCGUCAGCAGGUUAGAAGAUUACCUCAGUAG